UUCAGCAAAGGCUCUCAUAAUCUACUGGUCAUAUAUCUUUAAAAUAAAACUAGCACUGGAAAUCCUUGGCAAAAACAGUUUAUUUGGACCGCUAACUUUUUUCCUGCCAUUUUGCAAUGAUAUGGCGUGAUAUGGCCAUGGUAGAGCGAGCAGAAGCCGCUACUCUUGAAACUGAUUAGAUUCUUUCAAAAAAGACCUCCCUCCUAUGCUUGUCGCGACACUUAUUGUGACGCAUUCAUCUGGCGGCCUCAAACAAAUACUACAGCCACAGCCCUGAAAUUUUGCUAUUAGGUUUGUGAAUCCUAAUAGCAACUUUCAUAUCCACCUUUGUUUGUGUCUCCUUGUGUGACGUAAAGUGGCCAAUCAUGCUGUUGUGAAAGACCCAAUAUAUGCGGACUUGCUAUUAGCCGGGUCACUUCUAAUAGCAAGAUUCCCCAGUUCACUCUUCCGUGCAUGUGGUAUAUUGCGUUUAAAAUAAAUCAUAUGGCCGUUUCUAGUUUACGUUGGGUGUUUUAACGACAUACUGACAGACAAUCCUUUCUUCACAACAACAAUAAACACACCAAAAGCGACUUCGUUUAAACAUUUGAAAGAUAGCGCUCUCUUAUUAUUUUGGUGAAGCGAUAUGUAGUUUAUUCUCAGGCUGUUACGUUAGUUUCAUCGAAAAUCCAAAUCUGCACUUGAAUUGAAUUGAAAAAUAUGGUGCUUUGGUUUUUUAUGUUAACAAUGAGCAUUUAUCAGAAAUAUUUGAGUAUUUCAAUGUACGAUACUUGCCGAUAUGAUUUUGCUAUUAAAAGAGGGCCGUUAAUAGCAACAAAAAAGAGGCUACGGCUACGGACAGAGAGCCUUUUCAUCGUAAGCUGAUGAUAUUCAUCUGCGGCCCGCAGGCCGUCGAAGCCAAAGCCUACAGUCGUAAUUGGAAGACUGAAUUUGUAGACAUGACUUCGGAACUGAAGAUAUAUUCCAAUAAAGGUUGUUUUAGUAGAAAUUUGAAAGAAUGUCUCUGAAUUUUAUUUAGAACUAAGAAACGUGCUGCAACUUUACAAUAUUUUUAGGAUUAGUAUCAAAUUCAAAAUUAUAAGUCUGACAAGUCUGACAAUGGGCCUGAUUGCUCUAGAGAUCAAAUAACCUCCGACCGUGGCCAUAGCCCUCCCCUCCCUGAUUUUUUUUACUUUUCUCUUUAUGACUAUGAGAAAAAGAGCGUUACAAUAGAAAAUGGCAAGGUGUUUUCGACUUGCGGCCAAGAAAAUCAAGAUGUAACGAUGAGGUAGAGCAUAGAAAAAGACAGUGCAAUAUUGAAAACAACCAUUGAAGAGGGUGUGGUUGGAAGUAAAAAACAGCGGCAGCCACGCCCUGAUACCACGAUUUUCUCUAAUAGCAGUUUAAAAUCUCUCCCAGCCGCCCCUGCAUUGAAUAGUAACAUUUUCUACAGGCAAGCAGCAUUGAUCGGGCUACCUCAACAGGGAACCUUUUUCAGAGUAAUCAACCAAUUGCUAACUUCAAGUUGCACAUUGUUCAAUGACAAUUUAUUGUGAUUUUAUUUUCUGAAAGUUCCACCUAAGUUGUAAGUUUGUCUCUUGUUGAUGUAAUGAUGAUGCAAUGGAAAAGGAAAGAUCUAGACUUGGGAAGAAGUCAGCAUGAUAUAGAUAUGUGAAUGUGUAAACAAUGGUAAAGGGAAUGUCCUGUGCUAGGUGAGGCCGUGAAUGACGUAAGUUGAUGUCAUGGUGAUGGCAUGAUCGAGGAAGGAGAAAUGUGGCCUAUUUGACAAUAUUAAAAUCACUACAAGUAAAGAAAAUUUAGAUCAUUGACAGACAAGAUACUGUAAGUUACAAUGAGAAAGUCUAGAGAAGAGUAGCAUUGCUUAAGCAGAAAUCUAAGGCUAAGGCAGCACCCAUGCAUGGUCAAAAGGAAACAACCGCCGCCAUGAUUGGCCACACGGACACACAAAUUUGGUCAAAAAAGACAUUUUUCGCUUUUCUAAUUGCACUGCAGAUUUCUAUUAUACUUUUCAUCCAACUGAGAGUUAGCAGCAAAUAUAAAGACAAUGCUGGAAAUUUUUAUCGAGAGCCAAAGUACUCUUCGCUCUGUAAAAACCAUUCUCAAUCAAAAACGCUGUCCAGUUGCAAAAGCCCGGAACGACUUUUUCGAUUCCUGGAUGAGCAUCCUAUUUAUUCCACGUUCAAGAUACCAAAUCCGAAAUCAAAAACUGACGUCAACUUGCUGAUUAUUGUGUCAUCUGCUCCCCUACGAAUUGACCGAAGAUCGGGCAUUAGAGAUACGUGGUGGAGGUUUUGCAAGAGCAGUCCCAGGAUAACAGUCAAGUGUAUCUUCAUGACCGAUAGUCCAAAUCCGUCGACGGAAGUGGGCAAGAAUUUGCUCGAGGAAAAGGAGACCUACCAGGAUCUUGCGUUUCAAACACUGCACGGCGGAGUUGAAUUUGGAAAAAGGUUCCUGUACCACAUGCUGUGGGCAAAGAAGAAUUACAAUUUUGAUUAUUUCAUGAGAAUGGAUGAUGAUUACUUCUUUUGUUUAGAUAGGUUCUUACUUGAAAUCCCAAUGCCAGUGAGAAAAUUAUAUCACUGGGGAUUUGUUCAUUGCCUACCGAGAAUUGUUAGACCAGAAGAAAGUAUUAUUCUUCUUUCACAUGAUCUUGUCGAAAAAUUUCUAGACCAAGAUUCGAACUGCAUGAUGGGGCAUCCAUGGGCUGACCAAAUGAUUGCAACAUGGGUCCAAGACCUUAACUUGUCAGCUCUUUAUAAUCACGAUAAACGACUUCACCACAGUCCUGUGCUGAAACACUUGAAGAAUAUUCCUAAAAUGUUCAAAGAUGUUUGUAACAAUUUCAUAGGGGUGCAUGGAAGCUAUCCUAAGUACAUGAGGUUACUUUGGACGCUGAGAAGAAAGAAUAAAAAACACGUUGGAAGUUUAGACAAGUAUUCGGUUAAGUGCAAUUUCCCGCAAGUGUUUGAUUGGAGAGAGUUUUCUAACAUUUGGAAAUACGAACCUAAAAGGUUGAUUGACAACCCUACUUGGGACACAAGCAAACAAAAUGGCAACAAAGCUGAAUAUGGUGGGAGGCAGGAAGAUCAAGGGUAGUUUGAGGACAUAACAUGAAAGUUCAAACGUGCAUUACAAUUAUUAACUCCGUUACAAAAAGCUUUUUAACUAUGUCAAUUUGUAAAUAAACUCAACGUACCAAUGCCACACAAGUUUAGAAAUGCCGUUGGUCUAGAAUUUUCGAUGAGGGAUUGUAUGGCUAAGACAUUACAUAUUUCCUUUCAAGCCCUCUGUAAACCACCAACUCCUAGGUAUCUUAGCUGUAGAUGUUAGAAAAAUAGCUUUUAGAUCAUAUACGCAAUUUGCUAACAGAUUUUGUUUCCACAGUAUUUUGAAAAUAGCUUCGGUAGAGCGUAGACGUGAAUGAAACUCCAUAUCGUCGAUUUUAUCUUUAAAUAUAUACAAAACGUGACUAUAUACAACUUUAACGUAAACGUAACUUGUUAGCCCAUCAUAAACUUGUAGCGUGACUUUAUCGUACCUUCACUUCUUCAAAAAACUUAACCUUAAAAUAUAGGGCGUGAACACAACACGUAAUGUUAAGUUUUUUGAAGUAGUGUAGUUAUGAUAAAGUCACGCUACAAGUUUAUUGCUGACAAUAGUCUAUUGCAAUUUUUUUAGGAAACCUUUAAAAAACCGAGCCCUAAGAUGACAAAAAACUAAGAAUGACAAUAUUACUGAUAAAGCCCACCAAAGGGGGCAGGUUGUCCACGUUUCCGAGCUGAGAAGGGCCCAAAAUGUUAUGAAAAAGCGCCUAACAAUAACAGUAACAAUAACCAUCAAAGUGUUAAUUAUGUCGUCACAGGCGUCAUCUUUCUUUUUGCCCUAGGCCCCAGAAAGCUCUCAGCGGGCUCUUGUAAAGAUGAGUUAGCAAGGAUUAUUUUCAAUAAACCACCUAUUUUAUGAUGUUAUGUCUUACGACACGUUUUAAGUUUUUGUGUUUCUGAAACGUAACAUGUAUGUUGGAAGCGUAACAUCCAACUGAAGUAUGGUUUUAAAUACUUUUUAUUUUAGAACCUUUACGUAGUUAUAGGAAGCACUAAAAAGGACAAUUUAAGCAAUUUAAGAAAUGUGCAUUUCAUUUACUGAGUUCAUUAUUUAUCUAAAUUUUUAUGCUCGUACAAAGAAAUUAUACAAUGGGGCUUGCCGUUCUUGGAUGUAUCGUUUUGAAGUUCUCGUUCCCUUGGUAUUUUAACAGGUUAUGAAAUAAUCUUGAUUUGUUAACUUUAAAUUUAGACGAAACUCUGUUUGGCUCUGCCUUGUUUACAGAUUGUGGAAUUUAGUUUCAAGUGUAUUCAUUUUCAGAACGUGGAAAUUUCGAAGAAAAAAUGCUUCUGAUCAGUGCAGGCUCGUGCCCAAAAAUUUAGUGUUUUUUAUUUUAAUGAACACUAUGAUAUUUUAUCUACAUAGAUAAAUAUGUGUGAAUUUUUUUUGCCAAAAACGUCAAGAACACGGGUCAUAUCAUUUUGGUCAACCUACUUGCUGCAUUCUUCCUUCAAAGGGCAACAAGCCUUAAGAAGCCAUCUCGGCUAUCUGGCUUUCACCAAACAACCCAUUCUAAAGCCCCGGCCAAACGACUCGAUUUUUCACUCGAUUUUUUUGGCGGUUCCUGCAUUAAACGAACGAACAUGGUCUCAUUUCGCUUGCGUUCGUCAAGAGAUUGUGAAAGGAUAUUUGCACGUUAGAUAAACACGGCAACCGAUUUGCGUCUCUUUGCCUUCAUUUUGUUGGCGUGAGUGAAAAGUCGAGUGAAAAAUCGAGCGAAAGAUCGAAUCGUUUGGCCACCCAUGCUCGGCUGCGCUCGAUUUUGAGAUCAAAUGUCGAGAGAAAAAUCGAGCGAAAAAUCGAAUCGUUUGGCCAAGGCUUAAUUUGUUUGUAAAAUCCCAAAAAUGUGCAAAAGUGUUUCUCACCCAUUCUCCACACGCCGCGUGACGACAUCUUCAAGACCAUCAAUCCUCCAAAUGUUCUCCUCCAAGAGGAUCUUUUAACAUAACAACUAGAGAGGAAUUCCCCCACCAGGCCCUUAAAUUUUCCCUGAAGCUGGCCCAUGAUCCCCCACUAGCAAGUGCCCUUUUGUUGAAAAUUGUUUAAAAAACAAGUUUGACGUGUCUCCAGCUACUGCUUAUCAUGCUGUUGUCGUUUUAUGUAUGUGUCAAAUUAUGUGUAUAACAUCUCUUGUCUCAUCGCAAAUCUAAUGUAAAUCUCUGACUUUGUUUGAUUUUCUUGCAAUUCACCAAAGCGAGGUAAUGAAAUUCGCGACGGAAAAAUUCUAAAUCGAA